AGGCAUUGAACAACUCAUUUUCAUCCAUUAAAAAUAAACACGUUGAAAGCUUGGUUUGGCCAAAUGUAACAGUGGAAGCGUCAGAAAUGAUGAGCGCGGCACAAUAGGGGUCAAGGGUCCCUCUGGAAGACAGUGAGCUAGGACCUUUUGGAACUAUGAUGCACCGUGAUGCACCUUUACUGCACCUUUUUUUUUUUUUUUACAAUGCAGUAAAAGCGACCAUAAAGCAAUGCAAUGUACAAGACUGUUUGCAGCUUUCAGCUGCCUCACUUGUUCAACUCUGCUUUGGCUUGCAUGCAUGGACGAUUUGCUCACGAUUCAAACUCCCCCUCUUUCAAAUGAUAUUUUACCCACAAUCCCCUGUGCAUGUGCAAUACCCCCCUUUUUUGUGCAAUUUUCUUGACUUAACCUAAAGCGAAAUAUACGACACAGUGGAGCAGUCUGGUCGGACUGGGAGGAGUCUGCAGCCGCCUGCUCUUUUAAUUGGCUGCGGGCUACAGUGAGAAGCGUGAGUAUCGCUAAUUAUUCAGAAAUGUUUUGCACAAGAAAUGUUGGACAGAAUGGGCGAUCUUCACCCUAGCACAGCCAUGACAUGCCCCAACAACCAGGCUGCCAAUCCGUUUUUUGUGGAUUCGCUAAUCAACGUCAGGGGCGAUGCCGGCUCGUAUUACCACAGCAACGGCGUGUAUUUACCCCCGGAAUACUCCUAUGGACUCCCCGCUGGCUCCUCUUGCUUCCCGGGAAUCGCGAAGCGAACCGAGGUGAGCGCACCGACUGGCAUCCCGCCUUCCGCACCCUAUGCUCCGGGCAUGGAGACAUGGCUGGAGGCGUCUCGCUCCUGCAGGGUGGAGCAGCCCGGCGGCCAACAUCUGACCCAGCAGUGCUCCUUCUCCGCCGCGAUAAAGGAGGAGAACGCCUAUUGCCUCUACGAAUCUGAUAAAUGCCCCAAAGGAGCCACGGUGGAGGAGAUCUCCUUUUCCGGAGCGUCGUGUCCGCCCACAGGCGGCAGCACUGUGCCGGUUCCCGGCUACUUCCGCUUGUCGCAGACCUACGCCUCCUCCAGGCUUUACCACCAAGCCCAGCCGAGCGUGAAUGACUUCCCUCCGCAGCGACCUCCCCGUGCGCCCGCGCAGCUGGCUCCACCCGCUCCGGCCGCUUCCUCCAGGCAGCGGGAGAGCCACGAGGAUGCGCCCGCCUCCGAGCCCUGCGUCCCGGCCAGAGAGGAGGACAGCCGGCUGUCCUCCGAUGAGUCGUCGUCCCCGGAGCCUGCGGAUGCAUGCGACGUGGACUGUGAAGAAAAGCCAUUAAAAGAUGCUGGCAAAAUAGAGAGUCCGGCGAACUGGCUGACCGCCAAGAGUGGCAGAAAAAAGCGCUGUCCCUACACUAAGCACCAAACUCUGGAGCUGGAGAAGGAGUUUCUGUUCAACAUGUACCUGACCAGGGAGCGGCGCUUGGAGAUCAGCCGCAGUGUGCACCUCACCGACAGGCAAGUGAAAAUUUGGUUCCAGAACAGGAGGAUGAAAUUGAAAAAAAUGAGCCGGGAGAACAGGAUCCGGGAGCUGUCCGGAAACUUCGCUUUCUCCUGAGACUUAGCGGACUCAUCCCCAUCGCAGCCGACGGUGAGAAGAACCGGACCUUCUGUGCUAGGCUAACUUAUUGAAUGUUAUUCUUUCCGCUUUUUAUCGUCGUGGAUGUGUAUUUAUAUAAAUGACAUUUGUAACCGGUGUGUUUGAAAUGUUCAGAAUGUGAACGCAAUGUAUGUACAUAAUGUAAAGUGAAAGCAUUGCUACGUGCAUGUAUACCUCCUCAGUGUUACAGUAAGAAAUGAAUGUGUAUUUGCACACUUUUGCUGGUCAACGUAAUAAUAAUAAUAAAAACAAUCCUUGUAAA